AUGACAGGAGUAGCUACCAACAAUCGUGUCAGACUUCUUCUUGAUGGAAGAAACGGAUGUUACAAACCACUUAGAAAUGGAGAAAGAAGAAGAAAGACAGUUAGAGGAGCUAUUGUUGCAGGUGAUAUUUCAGUAUUGAACACAGUUGUAGUUAAGAAAGGAGAAGGAGAAAUUGAAGGAGUUACUAAUGAUGCUCUUCCAAUGAGAGCUGGACCAAAGAGAGCAUCUCAUAUUAGAAAGCUCUUCAAUCUUUCACAAAAGGAUGAUGUUAAGAAAUUCGUUAUUAGAAGAGAAGUUGCUAAAAAACAUCCAAAAGAAGGAAAAUCAACAAAGAGAUCUAAAGCACCAAAGAUUCAAAGACUUGUUACUCCAAGAAGACUUCAACAUAAGGCUCAAAAAUUAGAAGCUAAGAAAUUACAUAAACUUGCUAUGCUUAAGGAAGCUAAACGUUAUGCUGCUAUUCUUAACAGAUAUAAGGUUCUUAAAGCACACGGAAUGAAAGUUGUCUCAUUUGCUGAUACUGAUGCUGUUUUCAAACAAAAUAAAGCUGGAUCAAAGAAAGCUGCUUCUAAGGGAAAGAAGGUUAAUUCCAAGAAAACUGGAAAGAAAUAA